AAUUCACUGAAAGAUUAAUUAGUCGGUGUAGGUCUUCAUGCGCGCAGCUGAAAUGUUCCAGGACGUAACCACAGACUUGUAGCUUACUGUACCACAUUUUUCGAUUCUGUAAAUGAUAGUGUAAUGUAGUAGGUAGGUUGUCGAGAUAAUGUUAGGUAAACUAAACGGAUCACUUCCGUCCAGAAUAAUUAAGCAACAAGGGAUGUUGCACGGCACCCUUGAGGAAAAAAGUAACCAAAACCCAUUCACAACAGUUGGGGUCGAGGCCCCCCGAGGCGGAGCAGCGCGUGGGAGGCUCCCGUGACGAGCAGGUGGGACUCGCGCGGCGUCGCUGCUGUGGCCGCGCGCUUCACUCGCGCUCGAGGCUCGUGACGGGGAGAUCGGCGCGUCGGUGCUGAGACGCACAUCGCGUUUCCAGAGAGCUUCGGGUUUCUCUGCGUGUCACGCAUAAAACACCGACGAGGAGGGGACGUUGUUUUAUUUAUUUUCUCUUCAACUUCAUGGACUUUUUUUUUUUUUUUGUAAUGACGUGAGUGAGGGCUCGCGCUGGACCGCGUGAAUCAGUCUCGCGUUCACACCGGGACUCCCACCGCUGGCAGCGCGCGGACCGCGAUGGACCUGCGGGGAAACUAAAGCCCGCUGGAUUAAUUUCUUUUUCAUUUUCUACACAUAACCAAGUUCACCGCACAUUCCGGUCUGGACUCUAGCGGCUUCUUUCAAAACUCCGUGAAAAUGGGGGAACAGCCUAUCUUCACCACCAGGGCUCAUGUCUUCCAGAUUGACCCCAACACCAAGAAGAACUGGGUCCCUGCCAGCAAGCAGGCUGUCACAGUCUCCUACUUUUACGACAGCACGCGGAACAGUUACCGCGUCAUCAGCGUGGACGGGUCCAAGGUGGUCAUUAACAGCACCAUCACGCCCAAUAUGACCUUCACAAAAACUUCACAGAAAUUUGGCCAGUGGGCUGACAGUCGGGCCAACACUGUCUUCGGUCUUGGGUUUGCCUCUGAGCAACAACUGACCAAGUUUGCAGAAAAAUUCCAGGAGGUAAAAGAAGCAGCAAAACUUGCAAGGGACAGAUCUCAGGAAAAGAUGGAAACCUCAAGUAAUCAUUCCCAGGAAUCGGGCCGAGAGACUCCCUCUUCCAACCAGGCCUCCAGCAUCAAUGGCACAGAUGAUGAGAAAAUCUCUCAUGUCGGUCCUGUGGACCCAUUGCUGAAGAGUGAGAAUGACCGUCUGCGGUUGGCUGUGGAAGAGGGAAAUGCUAAUGCCAAAAAGUUGGAAACAGAACUGCAGACCCUAAAGGACAGCAAUGCCCGUCUGGUUGAGGCCCUGCAGGAGUCUACCACCAACAUGGAAGCAUGGAAGCAGCAGCUGGCAGAGAGCAAGGAGGAGGGGGACCAGCUCAGAGCCAAGAUUGCAGAGUUAGAGGCACAGUGCAAGGAGGCGGAUGAGGAGAAGGAGAGGAACGCUAAGUUGGUUGCACAGGUGGAGAGCCUGGAAGCUGAUCUUCAAGAGAAAGAGCAGGAGCUGACCAACCUGAGGAAGCAGGCAGAGAUCAUCCCUAAGCUUAUGGAAGAAUGUGAGAGCAUUACAGAGAAGCUGAAGAUUGCUGAAGCAAAGAGCAAAGACCUGGAAGAUCAGAUGGCCACUUUGCAGGCUGAAGUAGAGGAGAGUCACAAGAAGCAAGCCCAAUUGAAGGCAGAGCUGAAGAAUUUCACAGAUAUCCUGGAUGGAAAGUUGGACGAGUUGCAUGAGUUCCGCCAGGGACUGUCUAAACUGGGGAUGGACAACUGAGGGGGAUAGGCUUUGGGGGGACUGUGCUUUAUGUGAUAGUUUGGAGUCAUCAGGUCUAUGUUGGUCACCAUCAAAAACAUGGAAAUAAGAGAGCUGUAACCACAAUGAUCAGUUGCAAAUCUGUUGAAAAGAUAGCAGUCUGAUGUAAUGCUGCUGCAGUGACACUUUUUCUAGCAGGAGAGGUGGGUGUUGGGGGG